GUUCACGAAUCAGACAUCCCUAUUUCAUAUGGAAGAGCCGAGAGUCAAAAUCGAGCCUAUUCAAACUGGGAUUUAAAUCAACAGGAGUGAAGACCUCAAUGGACUAAUUUACACAAUUGCUUCACACGCGUGGACUUCUGUCCGCUGUACGACAGUGUUGUAGCGUUCACAACGUUCGGAAACGGCAUUCCAAGGAAUUGUCGGCCAUAUUCAGCGAUACCACGCCCGGAGUGGAGACUUUUACACGGGGGCAACACCAUUCAUGCAAAUAAUCCACACCACAAGUUCAUGGACAGCUUUUAACAGUCUAAAAAGGAACUAUCACUGUAUUGAAGGAAGACUUUAAAUAUCGAACACUAAAUAUAAAAAAACUAUGUGCAAUGGAGUUAAGUCCAAAGGAUCUGUUGCUUUUGUGAGUGAUCUAAAACACAGCUCAACCGCUUCAGGAUUUCAGUCACUGACACAUUUUGAAUGCGGUUUGGAUUCUCUCCUCAACGCGCUACAGGAAAACUCUUUCUCUUGCCUUAUCUGAAUGAUUGCAUUUGAGUUGGGACUGAUGUUCUUUCAAUGGAAUUGCUGAAAAGCUCCUAAUUGUAAAUUGUCGCGGAGAAUCAUGACGCUGGACUCCAUAAUGGCGUGCUGCCUCAGCGAGGAGGCGAAAGAAGCUCGGCGGAUCAACGAUGAGAUCGAGCGACAGCUCCGCCGUGACAAAAGAGAUGCUCGGCGCGAGCUCAAACUGCUCCUGUUGGGAACUGGAGAGAGUGGGAAAAGCACUUUUAUUAAACAGAUGAGAAUCAUCCAUGGCUCAGGCUAUUCAGAAGAGGACAGGAGAAGCUUUACCAAGCUGGUCUACCAAAACAUCUUCACAUCUAUGCAGUCCAUGAUACGAGCAAUGGAAACUCUCCAGAUCCUCUACAAGUAUGAACAUAAUAAGGCCAAUGCAAACAUUGUCAGAGAAGUAGAUGUAGAGAAGGUCUUCUUGUUCGUCAACCCCUAUGUAGAUGCCAUCAAGAGUUUAUGGAAUGACCCAGGAAUCCGGGAGUGUUAUGACCGGAGGAGAGAAUACCAGCUCUCAGAUUCCACAAAAUAUUACCUAAAUUCACUAGAUCGCAUUGCCAACCCUUCCUACAUUCCCACCCAGCAAGAUGUGCUUAGGGUGAGAGUGCCCACAACAGGCAUCAUUGAAUACCCCUUCGACCUACAUAGUGUCAUAUUCAGGAUGGUGGAUGUAGGGGGGCAGCGGUCAGAACGGCGGAAGUGGAUCCACUGCUUUGAAAACGUCACCUCCAUCAUGUUCCUGGUAGCACUCAGUGAAUAUGACCAAGUUCUGGUCGAGUCUGACAAUGAGAAUCGAAUGGAGGAAAGCAAAGCAUUGUUUAGGACGAUAAUAACAUACCCCUGGUUCCAGAAUUCAUCAGUUAUUCUUUUUCUGAACAAGAAAGACCUUUUGGAAGAGAAAAUAAUGUUUUCACAUCUUGUAGAUUACUUUCCUGAAUAUGAUGGAGCCCAGAGAGAUGCUCAAGCCGCACGGGAAUUCAUCCUAAAAAUGUUUGUCGACCUGAAUCCAGACUCAGAAAAAAUCAUUUAUUCUCAUUUCACCUGUGCCACUGACACGGAAAACAUCAGAUUCGUGUUUGCUGCUGUCAAGGACACCAUCUUGCAGCUCACACUGAAGGAAUACAAUCUAGUCUGAACAACGGCCGGUUUUGUCAUUGUCUGGCCUGGUUAAAGGACUCAUCCGUCUGCAGCUAGAGUCUGCUGUGGGCCAUUAAAGUCUGCUUUAAUUGUUUGACCAGUCGGUCGUCCGUGAUUCUGCUCCAUGAAAUUGGACAUACAAGUUAUUUCUAUCUAUGAACUGUAACACAAGCUGCUCACUACUUUAUCAUUAUUUAUUUGCACCUCACAGCUACUUCACAGGAUUUAACUUGAAUGCUAUUUUUCCAUUUUAAUGAACAUUUAUGUUGUUGAACUUUUUAUCACAGAUGAAAUGAUUUCUUUUAGUUUAAGGUUUAUUCUGUAGCAGGUUCUUUUUGGUUUAAGUUGUACAUGCUUAGCAAUUUGCUAUAAAUGUUAUGGAGAUUUCUCCAUUUUGGACAUAUUAAGUAUUUUGUGUGGUGCAAGAGGUCAUUAGAAGGCAAUGAAAAGUACUUAUUUGGUUUUGUUAUGUGGUAGAGUCAGAGUAACCUUAGUAGAUAAGAGUCUUUUUUACCUUUCACAGCACAUGCAUUGGUGAAGAAUAGACAACAACUAGAUUACAUUAACAUUUAAAAGUGCCAAAGUUCUUGUAAUGUGGUUGUUUUAUGUAUUGCCAAACUAAUAAUCAUACCACAGGCAAUAAGUUGGCCUUGCCAGUAUCAUUUAUUUCUAUAUUAUACCAGCUCUUUGUAUUUUCUCAUUGUCUUUUCAGAAAAGAUGAUGGCAUACCUGCUGUUCAUGACCUGAUCCAUCAAGCUUGAACGAUGUGACGAAAGAUGAUUCCUCUGCAAUCAUCCUUAUCUUAAACUACAAAUGUGCCAUUCAGAGAUUUUCUGUAGCACUUGCAUAUGUUUGAAUUUUUUUUUGUAAUAAAUUACCCAACAAUUGUUCUAAGUGAGCCAAUGAUGCUCUUACUGGUAUUGUACGACUUUACAGUGUAGUUAGUGUGGUGUAAUCAGGCUUUGGUCAAUAUUUGCAGUUGUUUUUAAAGAAUGCGGUUUUGUAAAUAUCGUGUGAUUAGAUGCGUGUCAAACAAAUGAAUGUUUUGUGUUCAGCCAAGAGUAAAGGACCAAGGACCAAGAGUUGUGAUCCUCUGAUUUUUUUUUU